AUGGCUACUCUUCCAGGAUUGAGCGACUCAUUACAGCCAUUGGAUGUUACGAGUGAUCCUGAUGUUCCUCAACGCUUAGCUAUACCUUUAGGGUCCGAAUGGAGGGUAGAAGUGCCUCAGGAUUCUAAACUUCAAGUGAAAAUUCUAUCUGGGAUUGCAGAAAUAUUCGGUACAGAACUUGCAAUCGAUAUAGAGUAUACUUUUCAAAACACUAACUUUUCCAUUUAUGCAGUUGAGGCAACUGAAUUAGAAUGGAAAUGCCUUGAUCUGGCCAAUCAAUCGAUAUCUAGCAAUACAAAUCUAAAGCACAUCUAUAAUCUCCAUUUUUCUCUAGAGAAAUUAAGAGUAUCCAGCUUUGAAGGGCCCAGGGUACUUAUAGUAGGAGAAUCUAGUAGCGGUAAGACCACACUUGCAAAAUAUUUGUGUUCGUAUGCGAUCAAAUUUAAACCUUAUGAACCAGUCAUGGUAAAUCUUAAUCCACAAGAAGGGAUUUUCUCACCACCGGGAUGUUUGAGUGCGACCCCAAUAUCCGACAUUUUAGAUGUGUCUUCUAAUACCUGGGGCCAGAGUAUGACCAGUGGAGCUACCCAGCUCCAUAGCAAGCAGCCUAUUGUAAAGAACUUUGGGCUAGAGAAUAUAUCGGAUAAUCGUGAAUUGUACAUGAGGAUUAUUCAGCAACUAAGUGAAGUUCUAAGUAAUCGCUUCCAAAGUGAUCCUAUGGUUCGCAGAUCUGGUUGUGUAAUUGACACGCCACCUUUCUCUCAUUUUUCAGAUGAUUUUUCAGAACUUCAUGAAAUAAUCAAGCUUUUCAGAAUAACUGCUAUUGUGGUUUGUGCCCAUGAUGAUAAUUUGGCAGUAAAAAUUAAUGAUGUUUUGAUGUCACAAACGAUUCCUAUUGUUAGGGUACCAACGUCCAACGGCGUUGUGCAAGUUUCUGACGUGUUCAAAAGAUCCCUUCAGAGAAGUGCUAUUAAGGAUUACUUCUAUGGUGACUUAAAUACAGUUUUGAGCCCUUAUACUAUUGGAGUUGACUUUGAUAUGAUAACCGUUUGGCAACCUCGAAGUGCUCUUAACACAGAUAGCGGAUCGGAAGCACUCUACCUUCCUGUCGAAACAAAUGCUAGUAACUUACAGCAUGCACUAGUAGCUAUAACCUAUGCACCUAGGCGAGCACCAGUUGAAGAGGUCAUCGAUGCCCCGAUCCUUGGAUUUGCACUAAUAAUGGAGGUCAAUGAUACAAGAAAGAAAUUGAGAAUUUUACUACCUGUUCCAGGUAGGUUACCCGAUAAAGCGCUUAUCCUAACUGCAUAUAGAUAUUUAGAAUAG